AUAAAGUCAUUGUCUAAGCGUCUCAUUGUACUUUCUACCAUAAGACCAUGUCUCUGACACCUAGGUCCCAUGUCCCCAUGUUCCUUCUUAUCCUUGUUUUCAUUCUUUCGCUCACAUGGACAACUGAAGAAUCUUCUCUUGAAAAGAUUCUCCAUAAUCAUGGCCUUCCAGCCGGUCUCUUCCCUCAAAGUGUAAAAUCUUUCAAAUUGGACCAAAUGGGUCAUUUAGAGGUACACUUCGAUCGUCCAUGUUUGGCUCAGUAUGAAACAACAAUGUUCUUUGACACCGUUGUGAAAGCCAACCUCAGUUAUGGACAACUUAAGAUUUUGGAGGGCAUGUUUAGUGAAGAGCUUUUCUUGUGGCUACCUGUUAAGGAUAUCAUGGUUAUUGAUCCAACUUCUGGUUUAAUUGUCAUUGAUAUUGGAUUUGCCUUUAAGUUUCUCUCUUUAUCUCGUUUUGAUGAACCUCCAAUUUGUAGAUCUUAUCUUGGUCUUUCGUUUCGUAUGGAUGGAAGAAAGGGCAUUGAAUUUGAAGAUCAGAGAAAAGGUUAUUCAUCAUUUGUAUAAAAGUAUAGCUUCACCCGUUUUAAAUUUUGGGGGUUGUUGUAUGAAAAAUUAUAUUUAUGUACAAAAAUGUGCAACUCAUAUAUAGUAUAAUAAUA